GCGCUCCAUCUCGCGUGACGUCAAACGCGCUCGCCCUCGCGUGACGUCGCCGUUGACAUAACAAGCAGUGACGUCAUCCCCCCCAUCAGCGCCGCUCCCCACAGCAGCAGCACGACGACCAACAGCUACAACAAGAUGGCGUGCACGGCCCGCGUGAGAGUUCCACGAAACUUCCGCCUGCUGGAGGAGCUGGAGGAGGGGCAGAAGGGCGUGGGGGACGGCACGGUCAGCUGGGGCCUGGAGGACGACGACGACAUGACCAUGACGAGGUGGACAGGCAUGAUCAUCGGGCCCCCUAGGACAAACUACGAGAACCGCAUCUACAGCCUGAGAAUCGAGUGCGGCCCUAAGUACCCGGACAUCCCUCCCACCUUGCGAUUCAUCACUAAGAUCAACAUGAACGGCAUCAACAGCUCCACCGGCAUGGUGGACCCUCGGACGAUCGGCGUCCUCACCAAGUGGCAGAGCUCCUACAGCAUCCGGCUGGUGCUGCAGGAGCUGAAGAGACACAUGAUGACCAAGGACAACGUGAAGUUGCCCCAGCCUCCUGAGGGUCACACGUUCUGAGAGCGAUCCCCCCCCCCCUCCCACUCCCCUGCCUCCCUACCCCACCGACCGACCGACCGACCGACCGCCUCGUCACCCCC